GGGAACAGUCCUGAGUGCUGCUUUCUGUCAGGGGACGGCCCUGAAAGUGAGAGCGGAGAACCAGCAGCAGAGCUUUUGUCCUUCACCCUGCAUUCUCUGGGACAAGCAUCAGCAACAUUUCAAAGAUUCUUAGCUCGGCACAGCUACAAUCCUGUUGAGGGUCCUAAUGAGGAGCCAGAAAGCGAGCUUCCUCUGACCGCUGGACAACACCUUAACGUCUUUGGAGCUGUGGAUGAGAAUGGCUGGUUUCAGGGAGAGCUGACAGAUGGCACAAGAGGACUGGUCCCAUCCAGUUUGGUUGCGGAGGUUUCAGAUGAUGAACUGGAUACAACGAUGCCUCCGGAGCUCUGUGCUCUCCUGCUGGAUACUUGAUGAAUAAGUGGAUGCAGAGAUUCCAUCAUGCAGCAACAUCCUGUCAAAAUUCCUGCGUUACUCCAUCUGCAGGACUACCCCCUGCUCCACUUGAUGUUCAGGUGGAGUGUGUGCAGGACGUGGAUGAGCUCCUUUGGGAACACUCUGAGGUGACUGACAGUGUAACUGCAUAGUCUUGUGGUAUAUUAAACAAACAAACAAACAAACACCACCCACAAUAAAACAACCAACCAACCAACCCAAAAAGCGCUGCUCUUUUUCUUGGAUACACUGAGGUGAUCCUUUUUCUAGCUGAGACUUUGCAAUGAGUCUUGAAGCAGAUUUGAGCCGGUAGAAGUUGGCAGUGUCUGCAUUCCGUUCUCCUGAUUUCCUUGCUGGUCAGAGUUAAGGUGCCAUGCAUCCAUUCCCCAGCCCUAGCUGUCUCCUGAAUCAUGAGAACAGCCUUUCCAUAUUGUGGAAAGAACUGGAGUGGAUUCACGCUGAAGGACAAGAUGCUUGCAGACACGUAAGCUCAAGGAAGAGAAUGCAGAGUCCAUGGAAACUCGCUGCCAAACAACGAUGAGAAAGUAGAAUAGGCUCCUGUUGUUGAAGAUGGGACGGUGAAACAGAUGUCUCAGCUCAACACAACGCCAGUAGGAGCUGGUUCGGGCUACCCCCCCUUAAAAGGUCGGAAGUUCACAGCGAGGUAGACUACGAGCCUUCAUCCACUGACCGCCAGAGACCCCCACCACAUUUUUAGGACGCGUGCUCAAGAGGGUGGGACAAUACGUUAAUAGUUUCUCAGAAUUCCAGCCCAUUUUUGUGGAACGUAAUGAAUAUGUGGAUGUUAUGUCUGUAAGUAUGUAACCAGUGCUUUUCUCUGUGUGCGAGUUAGGAGGAGAUAUCCCCCCCCGCACCCGGCGCCGUAAUGAGCGUACCUGCUUUGUAACCUUACGUGGGUUCCAGAGUUUGAUUCCACACGUCACUCCCUUCACUAUUAAGAGGACAAAGAACUUCUGGCACAGAAGGAUGCCCACCUGCAAGGCUCAAAUUGCACGCUGCUUCCUCCCUCUCUGCUCAGUAAAACUCUGUGUUGGGCUCAUUUGGAAGGAAGGUUUGGUGUUCUGACUUCCUGGACAGUUGUUACCUAAAGCCUGGAGUGCCUGUGUCAACUGUGGCGGUGCAACUGCCACACCUUCUCUCCCCCUUCUCUCAGGCCUCUCGGUGCACCACUUCUCCUGAGACAAAAGGCGGAGGACCGGUACGUGGAGGUACUCCUCCUCUUCCCUUGCCCCUGCUUGCCUCUGGGUAGCAAGGGGCAAUGAAUUGGAACAUUAGGGGAUGCCCUAGUUGUAUCUGACUCCUGCUUUGCGCCCCACUGCCCAGGAACAAUCCUGGGGUCAAUCGUCGUCUGACAGCCUGGGACGCGUGAACACGAAUCACGGCUCAGGUGGGGUAGCGUGGAAUCCGUGAGUCCAGCAAGUUCUGGGGUUUGCACAACUGGUAGAAAGAACCAGAAGAUUUUGCCAUGCGAGGGGGCUGGUAUGGAAAAGUAGCCGGCAGAUCUCCAUCGUCUCAGACCCUAUAACUAGAGAUUCAAAGCGAGUGUUAAUCAAUAUCUGAAGGGAAGUGGGAGGAAAAUGGAUGAGGCCAGGCUCUUCUCGGUGGUGCGUAGCGGAGGACAAUGAGCAGUGGCCUAGAACUUGAGCACAGGAAGUUCCAUGCAAACAUGUGGAAGACCUUUACGGUAAGGGUGGGGGAGCUCUGGGAUGGGUUGCCCAGAGAGGUGGUGGAGGUUAUGACCAGCAUCUCCUCUGGGUUGGGAUGCCUCUCAGGUACUGCCAAAUCCUCGAGGCCCUCUACCAAUGAUAGUGUACCAAGGAUAGUCUACUGUGCUGUGAUCUUCAGGGACGUUUUCAACACAAGCCAUCCUAUUGUUCUGUGAUCUUCAAGGACACUUCCAGCGUACAAAAAUCCAGUGGUUCUGUGAUCUUCAGGGAGCCAUGCAACACAAACCAUUCCAGCGUUGUGUGAUUUUAGAAGCUGGACGUGAGCCAGCAGUGUGUGCUGGCAGCCCGGAAGGCCAAGUGUGUUCUGGGCUGCGUUAAGAAAGAGGUGGCCAGCAGGGAGAGGGAGGUGGUUGUCCCCCUCUACUCAGCUCUUGUGAGGCCCCAUCUGGAGUACUGCACCCAGGCCUGGGGCCCUGUAUGAGACCUGUUGAACUGCAACUCCACCUGUGUGACCGGAAGGGGUGGAGCCAGGCUUCACCUCUCCUAAACCCCAUUUAAGGGCUGACUGCCACGGAGGAAGGAUCGCUCUCUGAAGAUCACUCCUCUUGGAGCCCUUUUGGCGAGCCUAGGACACGGGCUUGGAAGCAAGCUACGUGUGGGAAAUAUACUUGGUGCAGGAAAGGGGAUGUCCUUAGCCAAGGUGCUGGAAAACUGAAGGAAAACAGAUGAAACUGCAGAUCUAUCAACAAAAACGAGAUGAACUUGGUGCUCCCUUUCCGGAUGAUCGUUUGGAUCCGGAUUUUGUGCCUGUGCCUCUGGGACAACCCAGAGGCCCUGCUGGUGAAUCAGCAGAACAGAAUCCUGCCUCUGAGCCUGAAGGGGAUGCUGGAGAUGUGACUGGAGGAGGUGAUCCAGGUUCCGCUCUGAGCUCUGGGACUGAAACUCCGGCAGAUCGCAUGGGAGUGCCCCCAGGGAGGGCUUUGCCCGGUCAUGUGUUUCCUCCUGCGCUGGAGCCCAGCUGGAAUCCCAGCGGUCCGGAAAAAGGAAAGGAUGAACCCAAAAGAGGAGAAUACUCCCAGGGCUCAUCCCGUCUCCUCAAGGAACUGGUGAAGGAAAUGGAGAAGGCAGCGCGUGGAACUGACCAACAAAGUGAGCAGGAUGCACUGCAGGAAGGCAGCCAUCCCACACUGCCAGUCUCGGGCAAAGGAACGCAGGCAGCGCCAACAACUGUCAUGCCAGGGAUGAAUGCCGGGACGAGCACAAAGGCUGCUGUUGGCAGAUCUGCGCGAAGGCGCCACAUCGCAGCGAUGGUACUGUUCUCAGCUGUGCUGCUGUCUGCGCUGGUGCUGGCCUGUGGUGCUGUGAUAUGGAUGUGCCAAAAAUACGUAGUGUGCAAGAGAGAAGAGAGAGCAGCAGAGCAGGCUCAUCCUGAUACCAACUAGGAGAGAGUUCCAACUGGAGACGAGGGCAGAACGGAGCUGGGAGAGGCAGCCGAAGAGACUCUUGCCCCAUCAAAGAAGAAUCUCAGCCAUCGUCCCAGUGCAUUCCAUUCUGCCAUCCAAGAGGCCAAAGGUCUUCAAAGUCAUCUGGAAGACUUGGAGCUUGAACUCAAAGCCGUGAAAGAGGUCCACGGGAACAGUCCUGAGUGCUGCUUUCUGUCAGGGGACGGCCCUGAAAGUGAGAGCGGAGAACCAGCAGCAGAGCUUUUGUCCUUCACCCUGCAUUCUCUGGGACAAGCAUCAGCAACAUUUCAAAGAUUCUUAGCUCGGCACAGCUACAAUCCUGUUGAGGGUCCUAAUGAGGAGCCAGAAAGCGAGCUUCCUCUGACCGCUGGACAACACCUUAACGUCUUUGGAGCUGUGGAUGAGAAUGGCUGGUUUCAGGGAGAGCUGACAGAUGGCACAAGAGGACUGGUCCCAUCCAGUUUGGUUGCGGAGGUUUCAGAUGAUGAACUGGAUACAACGAUGCCUCCGGAGCUCUGUGCUCUCCUGCUGGAUACUUGAUGAAUAAGUGGAUGCAGAGAUU